AUGACGCACCCUGGAGGAAACCUGGAUCCUGGAGGAAUACAGGGGAGGCAGGCUAGCAUCAUGCAGGAGGAGCAUGCACUCCCUCCCCCCACACUCACACUGCACUGGGAGCUAAGUUGUGCCAGCGAUGUCAAGGUAGCAUUCCUUAAUAAUCACUGUCUUCCACGAGUAGGGGUUGUUCCAAAAGGAAAAUAUCAGCUUGCAGAGACCAGGGAUGGCUCAGCUCCUGCACAUUUCAGGACCAGGAAGAGGGAAAAGGUGCAAGCUUCUCGGGACCUCAGCUUGCCUGCCAGGCAGGCAUCAACAGCUCCUGCUACUCCUCUCUGA